GUAAGGUUUGGCAUAAUUGCAUGCUUUCUUGUAUAGUUUUGGGACGAUGCUUUUAUAGUAUAUCUCUGAACCUUCCGUGACCAAACCUAUCAUGGCAGAUCCUGAUAUUGAUUUCGCCAGUGGAGAUGCAGGGGCUUCCUUAACGUACCCGAUGCAGUGCAGUGCUCUGCGGAAGAACGGCCACGUAGUGCUCAAGGGACGUCCCUGCAAGAUUGUGGAGAUGUCCACCUCCAAAACUGGGAAACAUGGUCAUGCAAAGGUUCACUUGGUUGGAAUUGACAUAUUCACUGGAAAAAAGAAUGAAGAUAUUUGUCCCUCCACUCACAACAUGGAUGUUCCCAACAUCAAAAGGCUUGACUAUCAGCUGGUUGGUGUCUGUGACGGAUACCUUUCCCUGAUGAAGGACAAUGGGGAUGUGCGGGAGGAUCUCCGCCUGCCUGAGGGAGACCUUGGCAAGGAGAUAGAGAGCAAGUUUGAGGCUGGGGAGGAGAUGCUGAUCUCUGUGCUGUCUGCCAUGGGUGAAGAGUGUGCUGUUGCAAUCAAGGCAAUGACCUCAAAGUAAACAGGAGCAGGCUGGCUGAGACCUCCACCACAGAUCUCACAUUAUGGUUCCAAAUGUCACCAAAGCAAUCAAGUUAUGGCCUUUACCAAGAACCUCAAAUUGUUUCAGUUUAGCCAUGCUGGACAACGAUGACUUUUUUUUUUUCCCCUUUUCUUUUAUUUAAAAUCUGGUCUCUUAGGGUGAUGGCCAAUUUGUGUUCUUCUAAAUAAUUUAGGAACCCCCCCCCCCCCCAUCUUUUUCUCUCUUGUUCCAUUUUUUCUGGUUUUGUUCUAUUUCCUUGCUUCCAUAUUUCAGAUUUUCUAUUGAACAUUCCUUUGGAGGAUGAGCAUUUUUUAAUACUAUUGAGUUUUUCUAGUUCCUCUAAAAAAAAAAAGUUAGUUGGCAUGUUUAGUCAUCGUGUGUGUGUCUUUGUGAGGUCAUGCACUUGGGUUUUGGGACUAACCUUGCCCAUUCCAGCUGUGAGCCGAAUUGGAGUGCAGCACAGUUAGUGAGGGGGGCAGACUGGUCCCUCUCCUUACACUGCAACAAAUUUGAAUGCUUUCCUUCAUCUGCCUUAAACUGAUAAAUCCACUAACAGACAUAGACAACCUUAUGGCCAUGUGAAAUUGUCUUUUUCUUUUAGGAAAUAUUACAUUGGUGGCUGGCAUUUGGCAAAUUUAUAAAUGUGUCAACUGCCUUCACUGAGCAAGCUAUCCAAAUGUUGCUCUCACACCGUCCUGUGGUGUAGAGGACUGGGUGUCACCCUGCAAGAGAAAUGGCAUUUAAUUUACAUCUUAUUUUCACAUGAGGACUUUACCAGACUAUACAUUAAAGUUCAAUAUAAAAAGUGAACUUUUUGGUUUAAAACACCUUUUUAAUAGCUUUUCUUAUAGUGAAUUGGAGCACUGUUUCAUUGUGUCUAGAGGCACAUGCCUGCUGUUCUUCGGCACGUAUCUCUUGUGGCAUGGUGUGUAGGAAGUACUUGCUGCUCUGCCCCACCACCUACACCCCAGUCAGGCUGUGUUGGGCUUUUUCAGCUUGCAGAGCAUCUGUGCAGCCCACAUCUAUUCCACAUCAACCACAAUGGUUUGGACUGUUCUUCACUGUAGAUCCUUUCCAGUUAUGCUGGCAGUUCGUGUUUGCAGUCAGGAAGCUUUGUUAGCUGUGGACGGUGCACAUAGGACCACUACACUAGUAGUCUUCCCUAAGCCAUAUUUCGGUGUCCUGAAUGCUACAGCAGUUGUGGACAGGCAUAUGACAAGAGCUUGGUGCAUGAGUUUCCGGGCUGGUUUUGCUCUGAUAGAUGACAUGCUGGACCUAGUUCACUCUUAAAGCCACAUAUUUGCUCAACCUGACCAACUGUUCCUUUUGUUCUAAGCACUUCAUGAGUCUUAUUUGACUGAAUUUUUAUUGCUUUUUUUCGAUUUUUAUCUGAAAAAUGAAUGUGCUGAUGUAUUAUUUGUGAACAGUGUUCAGUUGCUGGGAAUACAAGUAUUAAAUAACGUUUAUACAAGCACACACACACACAGAUUUAUGACACCUUUACUCUGUGUCCUGUAAAGUUGCAGAUGUAUUAACUGUUGUACCAUCUGAAUUUAUAAUUUUCUGAGCAUCUCAAUGUGUGAUGUUUCCCUGUUUUGUGUUUCAGCGACAAACAAAUCAAGGUACAUGUAUGUGGUAAACUAAACAUUGUGUGUUCGAACUGAAAUGGCACGGAGGACUCUAACACUUGGCUUUUUUUCUUUCUCUGCCUUUCAUGUUGCGCAUAAUUGUUCUUCAUAAAGAAUAUCUCAUGUUCAGUUUCCUUUUUCCUGGCCUCAGAAGUCUAUUGCAAUUUUUUCCCUAUUGAAAAGCUACCUGAGUAAUUAUUUGCUUGGCUGUCGGGAAGGAGGGGUAGUGGGUUACCAGUCAUUAACGAGUCUUUAAAUCCCCUGUCUUGUAUUUUCUGAAGGUUGGAUGCAUUUGUGUUGGUUGUGCAUGCUCAUAUAGAGGCCGAACCUGUAUACUAAAGGGCUUUCAGGACGCAGUGUUUCAUGACAUCAAGCAGUCAGCCGUGUUGGGUAGAUGUUUCGGACUAGUCUCAUGAAGACGGUCUUAAUCUUGCCUUGAUAUUCUUUUAGUUUCAAAUAUAUUUAGCUCUUUUGAUACCUGAGCGAAUGAUGAGGGGGUGGGUGGGUGUGUGUUCUUGUCUGAUUUCCCAAGGCUUGUGUUUUUGUUUUUAAAUUUGGGAAAAUGGUUAUAUUCCUGUGUUUAUGAUUGUUGUUAGGUUGUGGUCAACACAAAACUUUCUAAAAGAUUUAAGCAACAUUGCCCAAAUGUGUUCUGUCACAUACACAAGACCUCUGCUAGUCACCCAGCUGUCAGAGUUUGUGUGGUUUUGUUGGAGUAUACAUAAUGAGUAGCUUAUAUGAUACAACAUUGUGCAAGCUGUAUUAAAGUAGAGGCUGAAACUUAAUUUGGACUCCUUAAAUCAUUUUUAAUAGCUUCUUAAUGAAUGUUGUCAGGGAACAUGGCUUCCUAGUUCAGUCAUAACUGCUUUACCUUAUUCUCAUUACAGAUAAGGUGGUUUAGUGUUAAAUGGUUGGGUUUGCAGCCAGUGAAGUGAAAAAGAACAGUGGCAUUAGACAGUAUAGAUGUUUAACCAACCAACUUCAAGUUGAAAGUAAGGAAUUAUUGAAGGUGUUGCUGACCAUGGUGCUGAACUAUCUUAGGUGGUGUCUCAGGUUUAUACUCAUCAGUGGAAUAUGACAUGCAGGACCUUACUUUUUCUCCACUGGCUUUGUUUUGAAUGAGAAUAUGGCUAAGAAAAGAUGAUUUGCUGUGGUUGUCCUUUCUGUGUCAGUUGGGCUUGCACAUUGAGUCUGACCAUCUAGUUGUGUAGAAUUAGGGAAAUAUGCAUAGUA